GCAGUAUCGCGCACCACUCGUGUGCGUCUGCAAUAACAUUCCGUGUGGAAAGAAAAUUGUGAUAGUGCAGUGGUUCCUGGUGACCACUUGGUGGUGAUGUUGCCUGAAUGUGCUGGAUUCCAUUUAUGUUGGAUUAGCAGUUGAACGCUUCACUCACGCACGCGCAAACAAACAAUGAAAUCUCCCGAAUAUUUCGGGACCCGGUUUUGUGCAGCGAGAAUAAACAACGACGCAUAGCGGAUUUACGUGUUGAACGGCGUAUCGAAUCCUCCCGUGCGAUCGUGUUUCAAGGCCCGCAUCUCCUCCAUGCAGAGCAUCUGCUUGGACCCUCGGAUGCAGACAAUGAGCGUUCACGUCUGACGUGACUGAGAGGUCAGACUGGAGUUACUCUGAAGCCAUUACCGGCACAUUUCAUACCUUUCUACCUGCUGCGAUAAUGCUAGUAGCAUCCUCAUAGACGUUAGCAAACAGUGGACCCCCAGUUUGGCACGGGGGAUACCUCCCAAACCCAACCGCAAAACGUCAAAAUCCAGCAUAUAGAGAUCCUUUCAAGAAACCUUUUAAACAGUUUGACCCCACCCACAGGCUUUAAACACAUUCAAAUAUAUUAGAAUACUUUUUAAAAAUAUUUCCUCCCUCUCUCGCUUUGCUUUUUAUUUGUAACUACAGGGUUGCUGUAAAACUGACACAUAAAACAAGCGAAUUAAACAUUAAGAACAGUGGACAUUUAAACCCCGAAAUCUUCGGAGAAAUCAUAUAAUUUCAUCUAACUGCUAACAUAAUGUGAAACGUGGGUGACGGCCUAAAGGAAGUUAGCAUAGAUGUUGCAGUAAUUAUAAACUUUCAAACAACUGCUACUUUAACACAAACACACACAACACCAACACGUAGAGAAAAUACAAGAUUUAAGCGUUGUAUAUUUAUACUCUAAAUUAUUUCAUUUCAUCUAACUGAAGCUUGUUAUCUUAAUGCCAACAUAUAAUGCAAAACGCCAUAUAUGGGAUAAUGGAAAUUAACAUAGAUGUUACAGUAAUUAUAAACCUUAAAACAACUGCUACUUUAACACAAAGAGACGGAGCACAGAGUGUACAGCAAUACUUACAGGCAUCUAUCUAUAUUGUCUCUGGGGACCUUCUAUGCCUCUUCUUCUUGCUCUUAAUUAGACAGCAUCUUAUUAAGUAGACCUCAGUGUUGCCCAGCAAGAUACAGCACAACGUGGUACGACACUGAAGACAAGACGCGUAACUCGAAAUUCUUAAUUAUCUGUAUACUUUAAAAAUACUAUAUUAAAAAAAAAAAAAACGUUUUAAAAGCCAGAUCCCCAAAAAAUUUGAGAUAUAGUGGGGGAACACUGUAAUAUGGACUUUCCGGGUCACUUCCAGCACAUUUUCCAGCAGCUGAACACCCAGCGGCUCCAUGGUCAAUUGUGUGACUGUGUGGUGGAGGUGGGAGGUCACAAAUUCCAGGCACACCGUGCCAUCCUAGCAGCAUGCAGCUCCCACUUCAAGGCACUCAUCAGUUCCAAUGACGGCGCCGAUGAUGCUGAUGGACAAAGGAUGGAUAAAGUCGGCGGUCCCGGUGUGAUGGUGCUCGACCCGGAGGUGGUGACCCCAGAGGCCUUCUCCACCCUGCUGGACAUGAUCUACACAUCCACUUUGUCGCUGUUGGCCUCCAACGUGAUGGAUGUCUUGUUGGCCGCCUCGCACCUGCACCUCAACUCCGUGGUAAAGGCCUGCAAGAUCCACCUGUCCAGAAAAAACUUCCCAGCCACAGCGCCGAAAGGCUGGAGGUCAGUGCAGCAGCAGGAGCAUCCGUCCUCUCAAACCCAGCUCACAUCUGGGGAGCUACUUGACGAGCAGGGCGUAGAGGUGAGCCAGUCGGGGGAAGAUUCCUCCAAGUACAAGAGAAAGUCGCAUGAGGACAGACUGAACGACAGGAAGAGGACCUGCAGAAUGUCUGGAGAUGAGGAAAGUUCUCCAACUGUGACCAGAAGCACAGCCAACAACAAGGAGGCAGGAGAGCAGCGACUCUCUCCGGACCGCUUAAAGGAGACUGUAAACAUCUUGGAGGGCCAAUUGGAUGAUGUGGAGGAAAAAUAUGGCAUAACCACGACUGAGUCAGAGGAGAUCCAGCUGCCGAGCCAGUCAGACAGCAGCACAGGUGGAGAAGCUUUUGUCAAAGAUGAGGGAGAGCCCAAGAUGGAGACAGUGGAGAUUAAAAAAGAAAACAUGACUUCCUCCUUGCCUGAUCUUUCCCAAUCAUCACCCCCACAGGACUCCUCUGAAUCAUAUGGUGACAACAUAAGGAGUCCAGAUGAAUAUGUCUGCUGUUUACAGUCCCAGAAGUGCUCAGAUCUUCAUGAAAAAGAGUGUGGCGAUAUAUGCGAGGGUGAUGGGAUGGACAACCUGUCUGAACUGGCUCUUUCCUGCUUCCUGAAUCCCAGUCAUGACCGUGAGGUAGGAGCUCCGGAGGAAGAAGAAAGUCUCGCAAGUCUCACAGCAGCUGCAACCGCAGCGGCUGCCGCCAGUGAUGCGGCUACAAGUGGUGAAAGCCUACUGUGUCAAAACUCAAACACUUCUAUUCAAGCGUCAGAUUCAAGUCUCGUUUUCCCGGUAACUUCUCUUCCUUUGCAACAGGUUCUCUCCACUCAGGCUCCUGCUUUUAGCGACACCCUCAUCCUCCAGCCUGCACACAAUUCCCUAACGGGAUUCCUUGGCCUGGAGCCUUCGAGAUCCACGAAAGGACACGCGGGAUCAAGCGGAACCACUUUCCGUCGCAUCGCUCCUAAAGCGGCUCCAGUAUCCGAAGCAGAACGCACAGCAGCAUCUGGACCGUCGGGACCCAAUAGAGCACCUCUGACAAGAGCUUCCGAGGAUGUGUUGUCCAAGUGCAAGAAAGCGGCGGCAGAGGUCAACGUGCUUCUGGUGGAAGGGGACAAGAAGUACGCCUGCAAAAUCUGCUCCAAGACAUUCACAAACUUGGCAGACUGUAGGAAACAUAUCCGUGUCCACACAGGAGAAAAGCCGUAUCCUUGUCUCAAGUGUGGCAAACGCUUCAGCCAGUCGUCGCAUCUGUACAAGCACUCCAAAAACUCCACCUGUCUGAACUGGAGGGACAAGAGUGCUUACCAAAACACUCUGAAUUGACUCCACGGCAGUUUGCCGAGACCAAAUUCUUGACUUUUACAUGUGGUUAGUUAAUAUUCUCACUCUUACUGAUUUUUAAUUCAUGUUCUGUAUGAAAAGAAAACAUUGAAAAUUGCCAGAUCUGAAUUUACUGAAAAUAUGGUUUCACCCCGUAACAAUGAAGCACGAAGAAAUUGCAAUAGGCACAAAAAGCUUUAAAUUUAAACAAAAUGUACCUUUUAUUCUUAGGAAAAUGAACUAUUGUGCAAUACCAAGUGAAAUUAACGUUCGCAUUCAAUGUAGACGAUUCUGCAUAAAUGAAAUUAUUUAAUUUUAAAAAGACAAAUAGCCAAUCACUGAUUCUUUAUAGGAUAUGUUUAAAUACAACAGUUCGUUAAAGAUUAUCUUAAAAAGUGCUGUUGCUGGGUUUUUAACAGAUAUCAUACGCAAAGAAAUUAUUUAUUUUCCAAAAGAGUGCAAUUCAGUUUCUCUUUACUCUGGUUGCAACAUUUAUGUCAUAUGUAUUCACUGUGUCGUCCUGAAGCUGAAAGGCAUCGGGCCGGUCCGUUUCAGGUUCUAGAAGGUGAGUUCACUGGGCAUUUCUGUGCCCUGUAAACCCCCCAGCAGGUUUCGGGCUGCCAAGGAAGCCAUGACGCCUCUUGUGGAGUAGGUGGCGCUGCCGAUGUGCGGCGAAACCACUGGACAAAGCGAGAGAGGGACCAAAAUAAGAAUUGAGCAAAAGAGGAAGCAGACGAGACAGAUCUAAUUUUAACAUUCCUUACCACAGUUUUUGAGCGUAAGAAGCGGGUGGUUUGUCGGUAGUGGCUCAGGUGUUGUUACAUCCAGGCCAGCUGCGGCAAUUUGUCCACCGGUCAGAGCCUCGUACAGGUCCUCCUGAUUCACUACAGCCCCCCUCGAGAGACAAAGGUCAACAAGGAUAUUCUUUUGAAUCGAUAAGACAAUAUGCAGUACAACCUCUGUGGUCCCCCACAAAUCUGUUCAUGUAUGCUGAAGGCACCAAUUGUAUGAUAUACAGUGCCGUGAACAAGUAUUGGCCAUUAUUUAUUUCCACUUUAAUGUUUAAGAUCAAACCAAUGUAAAUAACAAUAACCCAAGUAAACAUAAAAUGGUGUUUUUAAAUGAUUUUAUUUAUUAAAACAAUUCUGCAAGUAAGACUGGGCCAAAAUGUCUCCACAGAGAUGUGAAAGACUCAUUGCCAGUUAUAGAAAUGAACGCUUGAUUUCAGUUGAUGCUGCUGAGGAUGGCUCAACCAAUUAUUGACAGUGGUUCACUACUUUUUCCAUGUUUGUCACAAUUAAUAAUACUAAAAAGUGAGACGUGAGGCAGUGACCCGACUCUACACCUUCAAUGUUACCGUUAAAUAUAAUGUUUAAGCCAUGUAAAUAUAUACAUUACUAAAAUAACGACUAAACCAAACAUACAUCUACUAGUCUUUAGCCUAAUAAACUAUAAUGUAGCUCUCAAGCUAAAAAACCCACAUAUUGAAGUUGUCAGCCAUGUUUCUUAUUUACUUUCAAUAGAAAUAAUUUGAGGUUGAGUUCCAACUUCUCAGCAGCAUUCACCGCGCUGAACGUGUAUCAUUUUAAUGUAUUUUCCGGUGUCUAAUCUUCGCAUGCUCCUUCUGCUCCUAAUAUUCCUUGCUAAAUAAAGCCGGUCCUACUUUUGAAAUAAACGCAAAAAAAAAGAAGCCACAAAAAGGCCAAAGAAAAAAUAAAUCCAUCCAGAGCAAAUCCUUUUCAUACGCGUUGAACUAAGCUCUCACGAGGCACAAAACAUUCUACAACGGCAAUCUCUUAUUGGAAACCAGUGCUGUGAAAAUGUAUUGGGCCCCUUCUCAAACUCUUACACAGCAUUUUUGCAUAGUUUCCCCACAUUCAUAUUUAAGAUCAUCAAACAACUGUAAAUAUGAGACAAAUAUAACCCAAGUGAACUGCAAAUGCUGUUUUUAAAUCAUGAUUUCAUGUAUUAUUCAUGUAAAACUAUUCAAAGUUACCUGGCCCUUGAGAAUUUGAGAAGGGGGCCAAUACUUUUUCACAGCACUGUAAGUAUAUCAAAGGGCAACCAAAGAAAGAAAAAUCAGAGAUCUUGCAUGAUUGCAGUUGUGUGAAUUUAGAGGCAUUUUUAGGAACUUUGACCAAGUUCCAACUUUUACAACCUCAUAUGCAUUCGGCAAGUUCACUGUAGAUGCUUAACAACGUUCCAUACUCAUGAUUUCUUUUGAAUCUACCUGCUUGUGUUGAUGAAGACAGCAGUGUUCUUCAUCUUGCUGAAGAAGGCCUUAUUGCACAGGCCCUGGGUCUCUGGCGUCAGCGAGCACGAAACAACAAUGAAGUCACUCUCAGUCACGAGUGUGUCCAGAGGAACUGUGACAAACAAGCAAAAGGGUAGAGUGGGAAGUUUGUGCCCCACAGAUUUUGUUGAUAAAUAUUUUUUUGUGUAACUUGUGUUGAAAAACAAACAGUAAUGAACCCAACCAACAAUCCUUUACUAUUUGAUGUUUUUUUUUUUUUUUUUUUUUAACCUUUACUUAACCAGGAAUAGCCCCAGUGAGAUUCAGAAUUCCGUUUGCCAAUGGCAUGGGGAACUUACACAUCUGUGAAGGCACCAUUAAUGCUGAAAAGUACAUACAGGUUUUGUAAAAACAUAUGCUGCCACCCAAGCAACGGCUUUUCCAUGGACGCCCCUGCUUAUUUCAGCAAGACAACGCCAAACCACAUUCUACACGUGUUACAACAGCGUGGCUUCGUCGUAAAAGAGUGCGGGUACUAGACUGGCCUGCCAGCAGUCCAGACCGGUCUCCCAUUGAAAAUGUGUGGCGCAUUAUGAAGCGUAAAAUACAACAACUGAGACCCCGGACUGUUGAACAGCUGAAGCUCUACAUCAAUCAAGAAUGGGAAUUUCACCUACAAAGCUUCCACAAUUAGUGUCCACAGUUCCCAAAUGUUUAUUAAAUGUUGUUACAAGAAAAGGUGAUGGAACGUGUUGUAGCCAUAAAAUUCUAAGUUAAUGAUUAUUUGCUAAAAACAAUAAA